AUGACAAUAGAUACAUUUAAAGAUAAUUUCUGGGGACCACAAGGUUUUGAUAUACUAGAGAAACGUAUCAAUCAAGGUAGAGACUCUAAUAAUUUGUUUGUCUAUUUCUUAAAGGAACGUGCUGCAAUAGAAGAAUCUUAUGCAAAGAGUCUUUCAAAGCUAUUAAAACAUACUUCUUCUGUCGUUGAAUUUGGUACACUCAGAGAAACAUGGUUGGCAAUGAGAGGAGAGAUUGAAAAUUUGGUUAGAGUACACCAAGAACUAAGCGAUAAGAUUGAAAAAGAUAUUUAUAUUCCAUUCAGAAAAUUCAAGUCUGAAACAAAGAAAAUUAGAAGAGAUAUGUGUCAUGAAGCCUAUAAAAUCAAUAGAGAAAGAAGAGAUUUGGAUAAAACCAUCAGCAAUUCAAGAUCAAAGUAUGAAGAUUACACAAAACAAGCUGAAAAACAUCAAUCAGAGUUAAAUUCUGGUUCUAAAUCUGCAAAUGAACAAUCAAGAUUACAAUCAAGAUGUAAUAAAUACACAAAAGAAGCUGCAUCACAAGAGGCUGAAUACAAGGAUUGUGUAAACAAAUGGUCAACAUAUCAACAUUCAUGGGAAGAGAAAACGCAAUCAGUUUAUAACCAACUGCAGGCAACAGAAGAGGAAAGAGUUGACACUAUCAAAGUGCAUAUGGACAGAUAUGUACAGGCAUUGUCAACUAGUGUCAUUGACUCUAGUACCGCCAACAAGAAUCUUGCCAAUCUAGUUGAUAAAAUCGAUAAAUACGAAGAUAUUAAUAUGUUUAUUGCUGAAUGUAAAACUGGUACUGAACCACCAAGAGCGCCAUCAUUUGUACCUGCUGGUACACCAGGUUACAAGUCUGAAUAUACUUCAAGCGUUAGUACCUCGAAUAUGAAUUCUUUUUCAGAUACUAGUAGUAAUUUCAGUGACGAUAACAACAAUAGUAAUUACAAUAAUAAUUACUCAAAUUCUGGAGCAAGUAGUGGAGUUUCAUUAUCAAAAUCUACUCAAUCAACCAACAAACCUUCUUACAAUCCACCAAAAUCACUCACUGCGUCCAACUCGUCUACAUCAUUGAAAACUACUUCUAGUCCAGUCAAACCAACUCCACCAGCAGUUGCCAAGAGAACAUUUUUGAAAAAGAAAAAGAUGAGAGCUUUAUAUGAAUAUGUUGGUUCUGAUGCUACAGAGCUCGAUUUCUAUACUGGUGAUGUCAUCACUGUCUUGGGUGAAGAUGAAAGUGGAUGGUGGAAAGGAGAGAUUGAAGGCAGGACAGGAUUAUUCCCAAGUAAUUACACGGAGGUGUAUGAUUAUUAA